AUGAGGGUGUCAGGGAGGAAAUGGUCCAUGUUCCUUGGCGGCGUCAAUUUCCUCAUCGGCUCCGCUGUCAACGGCGCUGCCAUGAACGUCUUCGUGCUCAUCCUCGGCCGUGUCCUUCUCGGUAUCGGCAUCGGCUUCGCUAACCAGGGAAGAUUACAUACAUGUAAUAUUGUGCCAUUUAUGCUGGUAGAGACAGAGAUGCUGAGAAGCGACUGUGUUGUAAUGGUUUACCGACGAGUACGUUUGAGAUGGCGCGUCAACGCGUCAACCUGGGGCUGGCCGCAGUCCCGGCCGUCAUCAUCACCAUCGGCGCGCUCGUCCUGCCCGACACCCCCCAACCCCCUCAUCGAGCGCGGCUACGAGGAGGAGGCCAAGGCCAUGCUCCGCAAGCUCCGUGGCACCGACGACAUCCAGGCCGAGUACGACGACCUGGUGGUGGCCAGCGAGGAGGCCAAAAGCGCUCCCGUGCUUUUUAAGACCAUCGGCUUCGGCGACGAUGCCUCCCACGUGUCCGCUGUCAUCAACGGCGUCGUCAACGUCUCUGUCACCUUCGUCUCCAUCGCUACCGUCUACAAGCUCGGUCGCCGCGCGCUCUUCCUGCAGGACGGCAUGCAGAUGCUCGUAUCUCAGGUGGUGCUAGGGACACUGAUCGCCCUCAAGUUCGGGACCAGCGGCGUGGCGGCGGAGCUGACGCAGAGCUACGCCAGCAUCCUGGUGUUCUUCAUCAGCGUGUACGUGGCAGCCUUCGCAUGGUCGUGGAGCCCGCAGAGGUGGCCGGUGCCCACUGAGAUCUUCCCCCUAGAGAUCCGGUCAGCGGGGCAAGCACGACGGUCCCCGUCAACAUGCUCUUCACCUUCCUCAUCGCGCAGGUGUUCCUCACCGCCCUCGGCUCUGCUCCCUCAAGUUGGGCCUCUUCUUUUUCUUGGCCGGCUGGGUGGUGGUCAUGACCGCCUUCAUCGCCCUCUUCCUGCCGGACACCAAGAACGUGCCCAUCGAGGAGAUGAGAUCCUGUUGUGGAGGCGCUACUGGUUCUGGGGCAAGUUCAUCAGCGACGACGACAUCCACGUCGGCAACUUGGAAGCAGCCGUGUGA